AUUCGCGGUGAUUUGUGGGGGGUGGUGAUUGUUGGGGGAUGAGGUGAGGAGCGUGGAGGGGGAGGGGGGUUUGAUGACUUAGGGUGUGGUCUUGUGGCGGAUGAAGUAGGUGAGGAGGGAACGGAGUGGAAGCGAGCGAUCGAUUUCAGGUUUCUUGCUGCACGCUGCGGGGGCAGUGGUUCAGAAUCCAAAACUGGGCGUCGAGUGGAUUGAGGGACCCGAGCUGGAGGGUUUUGUGAACGGGAUUUUCGUGAAGCAGUCGGGUCAUGGUUGUGUAUCGAAGGUAGUCUACUGUAAAGUUCGCCGUUGGGAGUGUGUUGCACGGACAAAGCGCCGGAUUCUCGCUGUAGGGUUAAUAUUCAUGGACCCGACACCCUUCUCACGUGCGUUGUAGUUUUGUCGUGGCAACCAGCAUUGUACGCCAGUCCGCCUGGAACUGUAGUUUGCAGAAACAGACGAGGAAUGAGAUUGCACUGUGACGUUGGGUGCGUUGCAGAUUGGAUUAUUUUGAUUGCUGUACUCCGGCGUCAUAGACCUCGUCAACCAGGACUGAGAAGGCUGGCGUCAGUGUUCUGCUCACCAAAUUGGAUUAAAGUAGUCGUGAAGCCAAAGUUGAUCGUAGAGGUGAAUAGUUUUGUGAACAGAAGGUGUGCGCUGGGUGAACCCCUCCGUUUGUGUACGCCUGUCGUGAUUUCGAGUUUCUCCAAUUGAGAAGAUGACGACGUUUCGUUAAGAGUCCUUAGAGGGUUUCCUGAAAGAAUAGGGGUUCUCGUUAGGUCGGCGCGGUUCAGGCGUAGCAUGGGCGGAGAAGUCAAUGCAGAUGUAGCAGUCCAGUUUUGCAGUGUGGCAUUGACGAGUAUUGGCGAGCGCGCUUAUGUUGAGAGGACAAUAAAGGGGCGCCUUCAUUCUUGCAGCAGCCAAGCCUCACCGUUGACGCUUACAGCCCUUUGUAUUAGUGCCUCGGAAGGAAUGGGUGGUGGAAGAACUGAAAGUGGCGGCACUUCCACUGUCACCAACGACACAAGCACCCCUUACGAUGAUGUAGAGAUUACACUUGACGCUUUUCAGAGGAUGAGCUUUGAGUCUGGGGAAGUCACAGAUUCAGCUCCAGAGGGCAUUGCAACAGGUGAAACUGGGUUACAGGCAGUUAAGAAAGGCGCAUUGUCCAGCCCUCCUGAGCUAUCACGACAAGCUGACACUAACAUUGAUGUGGAUUAUGUGACUAAGCAGCAGCAGCAUCAACAUGGACACGGUCACGGGCAUUGUGGCCAAUAUAGGGGGGCUCCCAGAGGAUUCGACCUGCUGCAGCAGAAGACGCAUGAAUAUCGGCCUCCACCUGCAUUGCAACUCCCAGACCAGAGAAUGAUGGACAGUGAGGUCGCCGCCUUGCAUGACGAGGAUCAUCGCAAGGGAGAUUACGCUCAGGCUACGAAUUUCGGUCUCCCAGCCUCCCUUGUCGUGUCUCCAGGGUCAUGCCAUGUAUCUUGUCAUGAUGCCAAGGCAUCGCUUGAUCCCAACGCCCGGGAGUACACUCCCAACGGCCCGUCUCCUUGUAUUUCUCCAGGUGUGCCGCCAUCUGUAGUGCAGCAUCACGUUGGUGUACCCUCUUGGUAUUCUUUUGAGUCAGGCCACAUCUACGUUUCUGGGAUGGACAAUAGUCGAAUGGUUUACAGCCCCAGUUAUGGAUCAGAGACCACAAUGUCGCUAUACGGAAGUGGUGCACAAAUUGCGUAUGCUCCCGUCACAGCCCCACCAUCGGCUCCCUGGGGUGGAUUAGAACUUCCUGACCUGAGCCAACAGGCAACUCAGAGCGCUGCGACUGGCCAACUUUCAGGAACUCCUGUAGGUUUGACCGGGGUCCAGUCGUCUCAUGCCUUGCGGUCGUUUGGUAUUCCUCCUUUUCAAGCCGUAGGUCUUCCUUCAGUUGGUAUUUCCGGCAACAGUGUAUUAUCUACUCCCCCAAUUUCAGGUAGAGAGCAUGUGUCACGGGCCAUCUUGCUAAACGGUGUACCGGCUUAUGUUAGUGAUGACCAGUUGAAGGCUGAGAUGGGGAAAUGGGGCGAUGUUAGGACUAUAGUUUCGGACCGCAAACUUACUGAGGGAUUGGUUACUGUUAACUUCUACGACCUUCGCUGCGCCAAGGAGGCUCUGCGGGAUAUACAGCAACAGCAUCUGAAUAAACAGCACCGGAUGCAGCAGCAGUAUCAGUUCUCUCAAAAGCUGCGAGAGGGCAGUAGUAACAGCUCGCGAGAUCACGUGGAAAUGGCAUAUGAGAGGCAGGACGGGGGCAAGCGCCCAGAUUUGCUCCCUGACAGCAUUAGUUCCUCGUCCACACCAACUAAUUCAGGGAAAGGCCUUGUUUGUGGAGUAGUGAUGUGGGCUCAAUAUACGCUACCUAUUGGAGCUGCUGCAGGUCCUGAUAGCCUGAACCAGGGCACGCUUGUCGUUUUCAACCUGGAUGUCGACACAACCAUGGAGUGCUUGAAGUCUAUCUUUGAAGUUCACGGUGAUGUCAAAGAACUAAGGGAAACGCCUGCUAAGAAACAACACAAGUUUGUGGAAUUUUUCGAUGUCCGAGAUGCUGCUAAGGCACUAAAAGCCCUGGAUGGUACUGAAAUUAAUGGAAAGCGUGUAAAAAUAGAGUUCAGUCGACCAGGUGGACAAGCUCACAAGGCUCGUGUACAGCUGCAGCAGCGAGCGCAGGGAGGUCCAUUGUACAAUUCCUUAACCAGCAGUCUGCCCUCUCUAGCAGGGGCAGGUCCAGGUUCAGUAGCGGGUCAACCUUUCUACGCAAUGGGGACGUGGAGUGGAGAUGCUGCAUGCGGAUCUGUAACAAUGCCGGGUCCCCAUGGUGGUCCUUCUGCAUGCCUGUGGACAAGUAACAUUGGAACUCCUGUCUCUCCUUUAGGAUUGAUGCAGGCGCCUUGGAGUAGUGGCUCCAGUCAGCUGCAAUCUUACAAUUACGCAUCUAUGCAAGAAGGCUUGGCAAGCCCUGCCGGGCCACUUGUCGUAAUGGGAAAUGUGGAUGCUUUGCAUUACGGCCGAGCUGGUGGUAGAGCCUUGAUGAUGUCCUUUUCAGGAGCACAAGGGUCACCGGGGGAAAAUCACCCUUCUCGAGCGCAGGGAUCCUCUGGAAGGAGAAAUAGCAGCGCUAGUGGGCAAGGUAGAGUGGAUGGAGUAUCAAGUCGCAGGUCAAAGCGCAAUACAUCUGUGAAUGGAAAUGUUUGUUUCGGUAAGCUGGAUUCCGCCAACGAGUUAGUCUCCGGGGACAAGAGUGGAGAAGGUCCUCGUGUGGGCACGCGAAUCUCGACGAACAAAUUAGCUUCUCGUGCGGAUAUUCCUCCUCAGUAUCUGUUUGAUGAAACUGGAGUCCAGACCAACGAUACUCAACGGACAACACUUAUGAUUAAGAAUAUUCCUAAUAAGUACAGCCAGCAGAUGUUACUUUCGCUUCUGGAUACACACUGCAUUGAAUGUAAUAAGCGUCUGGAGGAUCCGAAUGAACCAAUUUCUGCAUACGAUUUUGUUUAUCUUCCCAUUGACUUCAAGAAUAGGUGUAAUCUGGGAUAUGCAUUUGUGAAUUUCACUACUGUCCAAGCAACAAUGAGACUGUAUAGGGCUUUUCAUCUUCAACAGUGGGAGGAGUUCAAUUCGCGCAAAGUUUGUCAUGUGACAUAUGCUAGAGUUCAGGGACGAGCCGCUCUUGAGGAACAUUUUAAGAAUUCCCGAUUCGCUUGCGACACGGACGACUACCUUCCACUCAUGUUUCGACCCCCUCGGAAUGGCGUGGACCCCGUCCAAACAAUUACUGUAGCAGCUGUUCAUCAAUCUAGCCGUGUCGUGAGCAAUACCUCUGUAGAGAACAGAGAGCAUGGUAGGGGAUCACGCAAUGGAGAGAAAAAUGAUGAGAGAAGGGUAGUAGCAAAAGGUGUUAGUGGUCAGGAAUUAGAAAUGGAUCAUUUGCCGGGUGGGCAGUCCAGAGGAAGUUCGUCAUCAGGUGGACAUAAGCCAAUUAUGCUUCAGCAGCAUUGGUAAGAUAUCUCUUGGGUGAUGAUUGGUCAAAGAGGCAGUUGUUUGGAGGUCGUUUCACAGGAUGGCAGCGUGAUUGCUGUGAUAGUGUGCCGUGGCAUCUUUAAGGAUUUAGGAGUCAUUUCGAGACGAUGCCAGUCCAGGAAUCGAAACCCUAGGCUGGUGUUAGUAUACUUGACAUUUAAGUGAAACUCUUUGCUCAAACAUUAAUAGUCCAUUGAUUUCGUGCCCGUGUACAGAGAUGGUUUCGUGCUUAUUAUUGCAAACCAUCAGUGAUUCUGUUAAUGUUU